AUGGUGCUUUGUGUACAGCAAGUUUGUUUGGGAGAUGGACCGACACUAAAAUGGAAGGUGCGCGACUGGCGGCCAGCGACUGAAGGAAGGUACCGUUCGUACACUGUCUGCUAUCUCAGAAGCAACGAAGGUUUAAGCUGUGACGAGGCUAAGAGUGGAUCACAUAGGGACCGUCAAAUCGCCAGGUCAGUUGCCCGGCGACCCUCAACGAAAGGCAUUGAUGGGACGACAAACGGCGCGUCGACGCUGAUGAUUCUGUCCCACGGCAGGCCGCCCACAAUUACCUUACCGUAUUUUCCAGGCCGGAUGGGAAAUUCCUCAGAUUUCAACUGCAUGCAGGCACGGGUUCAGCAAAACAUCAGGACCGCCAAAAUCUCCAAAAUGGAACCAGAUCUGUCCAUGUCAACCGGCUUCCCCACCCCGGCGAGUUCUUCACAUGAAGAGAUUUUUGACAAUGAGGUUACCCCUAAUGACGACAUGAUGGACUUCAUGAUUGGUGAUGAGUUCGACCAUUUCCUCGGGGACCUCGAGCUUCACAACGCGGGCUAUAACCAUUCCGUUCAGAACCAAGGACAACCGCCGUUUGAGCAGCUCCAGAACCAACAGGUUCUUCACCAGCCUGUCGACCCAACCGAAUUUCAGCAGCUCAUGGAGCAACGGGAAUUCAAUCAACUCGCCCCUGACCAGGGUCAAGCCUCCCAUCAGUCUGCCGCUGUUGGCUAUGCCCAUGCGGGCAAGACCAUCGGUGAAAUGAUGGCAGAGGAGGACAACAAUACCUACCAGGGAUACAUUAUAUCCCAUGAGCAAGCCGAACGCUUAGAAGCUGACUACAUUCAGCUGGCGUCCACCCAGGUCGCCGCGACCAUUCCAGCCGCGUCCUUGGCGGACCUGCCUGGUCCAGAUGAGGAACGCCAGUGGCGCAAGGCGAUCUUCGAGGCGAUCCGCGAUUUUCGAAACGUCGUUAACAAGCCCCGUAGGAAGGACACCAAGGACAAGAACAGCAAUAUUAUUAAGACCGAGUGGAUUGAGAACACUCACGUUCGCCGCGUCCGUGAGAUGAAGGGCGCCGCGACUGAGCUCAUGGGAGACAAGAUCCUCACACUGGCAAUCAACGCUCACAAAGGCAUCGGCGGGAUCCCUCCCUGGGUCGAUAAAAAGGCCUGGAAGUUGGAGAGCUUCCCAUCCUUCCACGAGAGGAUGAUAUCCAUUCUCGAAGGCUUGCGUACAAAUAAGAGCAUUGCACACUCUUUUAUUCAGGUGGAUCCCACAAAGAGAUUCGUUGCCGGUCCUAAGGCCGAAGUCCGUGAAAACAUAGACGGGAACGAGAAGAGGGGCAACCUCAUCAGUGAGGGUCGGGAGGCGAGGAGAAACGAGGGGGAGUGA